AUGUCCUCCCCCACCCCCGAAGACCUCCUCCGCCAAUUCAAGUUCUCCUUCCUCAUCAACCAAGACACACGCACAAAGUCCGUCAACCUCCUCGGCACCAUCGCCUCCGCCCCCGCCAUCCUCAUCGCCGAAAAGACCGCAUUCGACAUCUCCGCCUUCAACCUCUCGCACUUCCCCGCGCCCGCGCUCCUCCCCGCCGUCGCGCUCGUCGAGAAGAACGACAUCUACCACUGGUUCCUCGCCUCCACUGCCUCUGGAGUGCGGACUGCGGAUGCGCUGGCGCAGGGCGGCGCGGACGUCAAGAUUACGAUGAUCUGGCCGGCGACGGAGGCGCAUGUGCGCAAGUACUCCAAGCAGAAUGUGCGCAUGGUGGAGGAGACGGCUGAGGUGUAUCGCCGCUGUGUGUGGCCGUAUGUGCAGGCGAAGCGGGAGGGCGGGAGGCUGGGGUGGGUGUAUAAUAUUCUGGAGGGAAAGGCGGAGGCGGAGAGUGUCAUUGUGAGGGAUGACGAUCCGGUGGAGGGGUUUAUACUGUUGCCGGAUUUGAAGUGGGACCGCAAGACAAUGGCAAGCCUGUACACCAUGGCGCUCGUCCAGCGCCGCGACAUCACGUCGCUGCGCGACCUCAAGAAGCGCGACGUGCCAUGGCUAAAGCGCCUGCAGGCUAACAUCAUCAAGGGCGUCUGCGCAAAGUAUCCCAGCGUCGAGCCCGACCAGCUCAAGCUUUACAUCCACUAUCAACCCUCCUACUACCACUUCCACAUCCACGCCGUGUCUGUGACACACGACGGCGGGAUGGGGCAGGCGGCGGGCCGCGCGCUGCUGCUCGGGAAUGUGAUUAGUCAGUUGGAGUGGAUGGGCGGCGGCGAGGAGGCCGGGUUUGCGGAUGUCACGCUGACGUACUUUGUCGGUGAGGAGAGCGAGCUGUGGCAGGGUGUGUUUGAGGGAUUGAGGGAAAAGAGGAACUGUGAGGAGGCAGCUGCAGUGGAGGAUGGGGUUGUGGGGGAUGGCAUGGCUGCUUAG